ACGGCGCGCCAAGUACGUUCUCUCGAGUCUUCCUAUAUUAACUCUAUGCGGCAUUCGGUAUGUGGGAAGCUAUCCCAGCUAGAGGCGCGCGGCGUGGGGCUGACCGCCUUCGUCGUCGGCAGUCACCACAGCGCCAGUGUGGCCUCCUGCCAGUGUUCCGGAGUGCUGUCCUUCCUCUUGCCCCCUCCACUCACCGGCCAAAUGACGAAAAGGCAGAGUGAGUUCAACACCUGGACAAUCACAAAGCCUGAUAUCAGGAAGACCAGCCACGUCUGGGAAUUGACGGAUCUCAGCAUGAUGUUAAACGAAGUAAGAAAGAUCUAUAGUGAUCCGUUUGUGGAUACAAGCGGUAGGCGAUGGAAGAUGUGCAUCACGGCGCCGAAGGUAAUAUUAUCUAAAUAUUUCGGUCUCUAUAUUCACCUUCUGGAAUGCGAGGCAGCCGAGGUCCGUGGAACCUAUCUGAUCGAGACGUUUAAUAACGACCAAAAAUUAACAUCUAAGACCAGCCGAAUGUGCACAUGGUCGGUAAGAAACGUAGUCGGGACCUCUCGAUGGCUCACGAAGAGCCAGUUAGGACACCAGAUAAAGGUGGUCCUGGAGAUCUCAACCUUCCAAGGAAUUUUGCAUAAAAAAGUGAUGACCUCUUCUGCCCACCGCGAUCGGGAUUUGAAAAGUGAUAUCACUAAGUUGUAUUUGGAUCAGGAAACAUCUGACUUUGCGAUAGUCGCAAGGGACUCAGUUCUGAGAGCCCACAGUACGAUACUGUGUUCGAGGUCAGAAGUAUUCCGCAACUUAGUCCUGUCCAAAGAAAACAAAUGUAUUCUGAUAGAAUAUAACAGCGACAUUGUUUCAAAGUUCUUACAUUUUAUAUAUACCGAUAUGUUGGAACCUAAUUUCGAAGAUUGUCUACAGUUACUGAUAUUGAGUAACCUAUUUAAGGUACCACUACUUGGAAAAUUAUGCUCGUCGUUUAUCUCAGACAAAAUUACCGAGCAGAAGUGCUACGAGCAGCUUUCUGCAGUAGUUCUGAAGGGCUGUUGAACUCACUUGCAAGCUUCAUUAAGAGUAAGCCAGAUGUGGUUAAAUCUGAGGUCUGGAAUGAACUCUUGCAGCAGCAACCAGAGGCUGUGGCUGCAAUGUUAAAAAUUGUUUUCUAAUAUGUACCAAACGCGCGUACCGUACUCCAAAAUUUUCUGUGAAAAUGGCCGGUGGGAUGGGCAAGAGGAAGGCUGGAUUGCUAAUUUUAAAGGUUGGUUUUUGUAUUUUGGACUAUAGUAAGUUGGUUAUGUAUGAAUUUGUCUAUUGCACUCUAUUGGAAAAGUUGAGCUGUGCCAUUGCAAUCAUGUAUUCGGAUAACGAUUCUAUUAUUGCUGUGUUUCAUACGUCAGAGUAUGAAGAGGAAAUUUAGAAAGAUUGCAGACGAUCACCCCUAUCUUUCGUCCUAUACAGCUGAUCAUCCACUGUAUAGCAAUAAAAAUAAAGGGGCAUUGUCAAAUGGGCAAUAGUGUGAAGGUGAGUCAUCCUCAAAGGAGUAUAUGUAGUAAACGUAAACGUGAAUGUAUGUAUGUAUACUGUUGAAUUAACAACCAAGCUUGCCCUCAUGCCAUACGAUGACACAAGAUAUAUCUUUAAUGCUAUUUAAUCAUAAUCACAUGGGAGCUGCGAAAUUGGUAAGGGGUAAGUACUAUAUUCUUUGAUAUUUGAAUUGUACUGUCUUUCUUGUCUCUAUUUCAGAUCGUGAAGGUUUUUCGGCUGGGUUUUUCUCCUUCACCUGAUUGGCAUUACAAUUGGCACAAUUCCCAGCACCAUUGGCAUUAAUUGGCUUUAAUAAAUAUAUUUUCGCUCGUA